GGUUGCCUCAAUAUGAGGAGGAUUGGAUAGCUAGCCAGUUCAGUAAGUCUUGUGUGCUUAGUCCUCGCCUUAUUCCUAGUCUCGUCGGCUUUGAGCGUACCUAGGCAGCAGACAACUACCUACCUAACCUUACCAUACACCUCCUUGCCGGCAAGGAAAUGCAAGGCAAGGCAAGAAGAAAAAAAGGUAUGAUGGCAUUUAAGCCGAUGUUGCCCCCCUGCCACCGGAGGGUUCACACGUACUGCCAUUAACUUUCCCCUUACACAUACCUACGUACUCACACGUACUCAAACUUCCUCUCACCCCCCUCUUCCUUCUUCUCCAUCCUAUCCACCUUCCGUGUUAUAUAAACCCAAAUAGUACCUCUCGUAGCCCGGACUACUUUCUCUCUUAUCCAGCAAUUUAUUUGAACCACAUAGUCUCUAAGAUACUUUAUAUUACCUCCCCCCCUUUACCAUCUUUACCAUAUUCACAUUACUUUCGCCAUUCCUGCCACAUCGUAUUUUGAUUUAUACGCUUUACAAUUCCCAUCUCUCUUUAACUUCACUAAGUCACAAAUCCAAACAAACUCGAUGACGGCAUCUCUAGUUCAAGUUCGUCCUCUGCCCGAUGGGGUUUACGUCCCCACCGUGGCCUUCUUCAAGGACAAUGAUGAAAUAGACCUAGAAGCCACUCAACGCCAUGCUAUCCACCUGGCUGAGGCUGGCGUUGCAGGUCUUGUCGUACACGGUUCAAACGGAGAAGCAGUGCAUCUGAGCAGAGAAGAGCGUAGCCUCGUGAUUAAGUCUACACGAGCUGCUCUAGAUGAGUCGGACCACCACCUUGUGCCUCUCAUUGCAGGCUGUGGGGCGCAGUCCACCCGCGAGACAGUUCAGCUCUGCCGGGAUGCUGCCAGCGCCGGCGCCAACUAUGUCAUCAUACUUCCUCCCGCAUACUACGGCGGCCUUCUCAACACUUCCAAGAUUGUUCAGCAUUUCUAUGAUGUUGCCGACUCCAGUCCAAUUCCAGUCAUGAUCUACAACUACCCCGGAGCUUGCUCUGGUCUAGACCUAUCCUCCGACACAAUCCUUCAAAUCGCCAAGCACCCCAACGUUUACGGUGUCAAACUCACCUGUGGAAACACAGGGAAGCUGGCCCGCAUUGUUGAUGGGGCUAGGCCUGGCUUCUUCGUUGCCGGAGGCAGCGCAGACUUCAUCCUUCAGGGCCUGGUCGUGGGCGGGCACGGGACCAUAGCCGGCACAGCAAACUUGGUGCCCCGAGCUUGUGUCCGUAUCUGCGAGUUGUUCCACGCCGGUGAGCUGAAGGAGGCUAGAAGGCUGCAGGCAAUCGUUGCUAAGGCAGACUGGGUCGCCAUCCAAACCGGCUUUGCCGGAGUGAAGGCUGCUCUGCAGUUCUUCGAGGGAUACGGUGGGGUACCGAGGAAACCAUGUGGACUGCCAAGCACCGAACAAAUGAACAUGAUUAGCAAUGGGUUUGAAGAGGUAAUGGCAUUAGAGCGGAGCCUGAGCUAAAGGAAAAUCUGGGGAAUUAGAGCUAAGGUCCUACUAAGGAUCAUGGGGCUCUCAAUGGGGUGUUCGCUAUUGAGUGGACCACGCGCUUGGCGUUACGAGAUUGAACGGCGUUACUUGGACGGAAUAGCGCAUAAAAAUCAUGGACAGAAAAGACUUAGGUAUUACUAGUCUUGCCAGUUUAAGCUAUCCUUGACCAUUAGUGAAAAUUUAUUAUUAUUUUUUUGAUGAAAGGCUUUCAAAAAACUGACAUUUGAAUUGGUAUCGAUUGAUUUCGAGAGGUUGUUAGUUGUUUAGACCUUUCAGUAUGAAUAUGAU